CUUCGACUUUUGCGGACGGACCCCUGAGGUCGCGCUUCGCUCAGCAUGGGUCCCAAAGCAAAGAAGUCUGGCAACAAGAAGAAAAUCACCAAAGCUGAACGACUGAAGCUGCUACAAGAGGAGGAAGAGAGGCGGCAAAAAGAGGAAGAGGAAGCCCGUGUGAAAUAUGAAAAAGAAGAACUGGAAAGACUUGAACUGAAACGAAUUGAGAAUGAAAAAUGGCAACAACUUGAAGCAAAGGAUCUAGAAAGGAAAACUGAAGAACUUGAAGAACUUGAUUUGUUAGAGGGGUGUUUUAUCGAAGCAGAGAAACUGAAACGAGAGAAGAGAUUGCUUUCUCAGUGGCAACACUACACUGGGUGUGAUGGGAGUCCGGACCCUUUAAUAGCCCAAGAAAUUAAUACUUUCAUUAGCUUGUGGAAAGAGGAAACAAAUGAGUCCUUUGAGGAAGUCAUUGCAAAGAGUAAACUAGUGCUACAUUUAAUUGAUAAAUUGAAAAUAAUUUUAUUGGAAACUCCGCCAUAUGAUUUGCAAGAUAAAAAUAUAGUGCAGUACCAAGGGUCAAUUCUGGAACUUCAGGAGCUCCUUCAUCUUAAGUUUAACACAGCCACAGAACUACUCCUCAGACAAGCUAGUACUUUAGCAGAUCUGGACACUGGAAAUAUGGAAAAAGUCAUUCAAGAUGAAAAUGUUAUCCUAUAUGUGUGGGCAAACCUCAAGAAGAAUCCAAGGCACAGAAGUAUCAGAUGCUCUGAAAUACAAGUUGGAUUUGAAAUUCCAAGGAUAUUAGCCACAAGUGACAUUGCUCUACGGCUCCUACAUACUCACUAUGAUCAUGUCUCGCCACUGCCCCCUGUUCCAACACUAUCACAAGUACAUAUUCCCUUGGUAUCUCCCUCUGUCCAAGAUGAAGUGAAGAAUGUAGAAGCAGCAGUCAGCAAAGAGAUCCAAGAAGAGUAUAAACAACCAGAAAAUGAGUCUAGCACAGUUCAGGAGGAAGAAAUAAAGGUUGAAGAACAAGUUGAUAUUGUAGUAAAAGUGUGUUUAAUCCAGGAAAAACCUGAAGACCCACAAUGUGAAUUGGAGACGAAAUUAUUAAGUGAAACAGUUUCAUCAGCACAGUUGUUGCUGCUAGAGAAUGCUCCUGAAAGGAAACAUUUCCUUGAAGACAAUGAGGUUGAUAUCUACCAAUUCACAAAUCUGGGUGGAGUAUAUCACUUGGAUAUUUUGGAGCUUCCCCCACAAUGUAAACCAAUGAAGGGCUGGAUGAUUAUGGAAAUACUCAAAGAUGGAUUACAGAAAUAUAUAUAUCCUCCAGCAACUACAGAAGACUAUGAAACAGAGAGCGCUUUCCCACCCAUAGAGGUGACGCUCGAAGUUUAUGAGAACGUGAUCUUUUUUGAGGAUCCUAUGGUUGUAAGGUGGGAUGCGGAAGGUAAACACUGGAAAACUGAUGGCAUCAGUAACGUAUCUUACAAAUCAGAAGAGAGACUUAUAACAUUCAGCCUAGAGACUCUGGGCCCUGUUACCUUGGUUCAAGACACUCAUAUUAACAUGCCGUACCUGUCAUGGGAACUAAGACCACUUGAUGUGAAUAAAACACUUUUGACUGUGACUACAAUAUUUAUGGAGAUUCAAAUACAAAUUAAGAAAGAUGUCUGCAUGUUAGCUUCAAUCAAACUAAAGUACCAAGAACAUUCCUCUAUCUUGGAAGGAAAAUGGAUGACUCUUACUUCUUUCAUUAUUGCUUUGAAAGAAGCUGGACUGAAUAUCUUCCCUACUGAACACUCUCAUUUUUAUGUUGCUACAAACUAUAAGCUACCUUUGGUAGAAAUGAAAGCUUAUCGACAAAUGGCCCUGCUAUGUUCUGCUUUUGCAUUUGGUUGGAGCAAGUGGAAUAUACAAUGUGGUUCUAAAAAAGUUAUAUUUAAGGUGAGCGAACACCUUACUAAAGAAGAACCUAUUCAGAAUCCCAACUGGACCCUUUUAAUGUUUAAUGGCAACCGAGCACAAAGGCUCAAGAUUGACGAGGGCAGUGAGGCUUUCUCUGAAGCCCUGAAAGAGGAGACUGAGUUUCAUUCUACUCUCUACCACAUGGUUAAGGAUUUUGCUUCCGAAGCAGCAAUGGAGGAAGUGAGGAGCUCCGACUGCCAGUAUAUUAACUCUGUGUGCCACAUGCUACUCUUGACUAGAUUACUCAGUUAUUCUUAAUCUCUGGUGAUGACUUUUAUUCAAUAUGAAGAAUCGAGCAACCUGGGGGAAAAUCAGGUAUUUCCUCAGUAAAAUGUAACAAGUGAAUAUACUUUAAACAUGCUACUAAAAUGAUCUAACCAGCAUUUUAUACGCAAAUCUUAGUUUUUUAAAUGUGGGGUUCUUUUGCUAUGGACUGCUGGCCCACUGAGAUUUAACAUUCACUCUAUGAAGAUUUAAUGAUUCUUUAUUUCAGUACAUUUUAACAAACUAUAUAACAUCUCCUCCUCAAAAAGCUCAUUAAAAGAUCAUGGGGAGAUAAUCACAAAAAGAGGGAAUUUAAAAGUCUUAGUCAUUCUGAGAACCUCUGGUUCCAGGCUAUAUUCUCCCAGCUAAAAGUUACUAAUUUACAAAAUUCAGAUACUGAAACUUUAAAAAUUAAGAUACACACAUUAGGACGUGUUACAGUCACACUGGGGGUGGCCCGUUGUGUCGGAGUCUGGUAAAGGGCCACAGGAUAUGUUCUAGAGACAUC